ACAAAGAUGGCGGCUCAUUGCCAAGCCCGCUGCGCCCUCAGCAAAGAUGGCGGCGGCAGCGUCGCCUCAGGAAGGGCGCGCCGUGCGCGGCGCAUGCGCAGUGGGGGCGGCGAGCCCGUGGCUGCCCGGGCAGGGAUGGCCGAGGGGGGCUCUGGCAGCUCCGGCUCCCCGGGCAGUCUCCGUGCCGGGGGGCUCCCGGGGGCCCGGGGGGUGCUGGGCCGGCGCCCCCCCGGCCCCCCCCUCAGCCCGGGCCGCCUGCCCUCCAUCCGCUCCCGGGACCUCACCCUGGGCGGCGUCAAAAAGAAAACGUUCACGCCCAACAUCAUCAGCAGGAAGAUCAAGGAGGAGCCCCGCGAGGAUGUGGCAGUCAAGAAGGAGAAGAAGGAGCGGGAGCGGCAGCGGGACGGGCACGGCCGGGGCCGGAACCGGCCCGAGGUCAUCCAGUCCCACUCCAUCUUCGAGCAGGGCCCCGCUGAAAUGAUGAAGAAGAAAGCAGGCUCCUGGGACAGGACCGUGGACGUGUCCGACUUCGGCCCUUCCCACAUCAUCAACAUCAAGAAGGAGAAGAGGGAGACGGACGAGGAGACCAAGCAGAUCCUGAGGAUGCUGCAGAAGGACGAUUUCCUGGAUGACCCGGGGCUGAAGAACGACAUCCGGAACAAGCCGGUGCAGCUGCCCCUGGCCCACUCGGGGUGGCUCUUCAAGGAGGAGGUGCCGGAGCGGGAGGACACGCAGCCAUGGCUCCCUGCCAAGGAGGAGAACAUGGAGCUGGACCCGCCAGCCGUGAAAGUGAAGGAAGAGCCGUGUGAGGAGGAUCCCAAGCCGGCCCAGCCCAAGGGCCCCCCCGGCUUCCCGCGGGACGUGUCGGCGGCAGAGCUGCUGCAGAGGCUGAGCCUGGCUCAGGAGGAGGAGCUACUGUUCCUGCAGCUCCCCGACACCCUGCCCGGGCAGCCCCCCAGCCACGACUCCAAACCCAGCAAAUCCGAGCUGCACAGCGAGGAUGGGCAGGUGCUGCUGGUGAAGCAGGAGAAGAGCCAGGAGGCGAAGCAGGCAGAGAACACCUGCACCCUGGCCGACCUCCCCGAGGGCCAGGUGGGGAAGCUGCUCAUCCGAAAGUCAGGAAAAGUGCAGCUGGUGCUGGGCAAGGUCACCCUGGACGUGACCAUGGGCACCCCCUGCUCCUUCCUACAGGAGCUGGUGUCCGUCGGCAUCGGGGACAGCCGCACGGGUGAGAUGAUGGUGCUGGGCCACGUGAGGCACAAGCUCGUCUGCUCCCCGGAUUUCGAGGCUCUCCUGGAGCACCGGCACCGGUAGCCCAGGGGGUCCCGGCCCCGGGAUGGACCCUCAGCCCCUCCAGAUGUGCCUUGGGGGCGUGGGGAGGGGGCUCGGGCAGUGAUCCCGAGGCAGCCCCCAGCUCCUUCCAGCCCCGCCGGUGUCCGGCCGUGUCCCCCACACCAGUGCCAAACGGGGGUCUCGGGGUGGGAGGGGCCCUGCUGCGUGCCCAGCUCUGUGGACACGCUGGUGGCAGCAGGAGGCGCGUCCUGGGGGAAAAACCUGGAAUAAAACCUCUUUUCCCCCUGUG